AUGAUGGAUAACAAUGAUGAGGUUACCGCUAUUGAUGAAACAAAUAAUAUCAUUGAAGGAACUAACGGUAACGCUGGAAAAAGAACUCAACCUUCAAUCAAAUUUCUCACUUUGAAUACAUGGGGAUUGAAAUAUGUAUCCAAACACAGAAAAGAACGUUUAAAGGCCAUAGCAGAUCAAAUUGCCCGCUGUUCAACUGCAUUAUCCAUCUCUGGUAUAACGAAUGAUUCCAAUGAAGAUUACGAUAUCAUUGCCUUACAAGAGAUUUGGGUUAAAGAAGAUUGGGAAUACAUUGUGAAGAGAUGUGGUGACUUAUAUCCAUAUCAUCGAAUUUUUUACUCUGGUAUUCUAACUGGACCUGGAUUAGCUAUAUUAUCAAAGAUUCCAAUAAAAUCAACUUUCCUUUAUAGAUUCCCCAUCAAUGGCCGUCCCAGAGAUGUCCUUAGAGGUGAUUGGUACGUGGGUAAAUCAAUUGCUAUUACGGAAUUGGAACCAGUGAAUGAUCAGACUGGUCCAUUGGUCAUUAUGAAUAGUCAUAUGCAUGCUCCAUAUGCAUUGACUGGUGACAACGCUUACGAAUGUCACCGUAGUUGUCAAGCAUGGGACUUUAGUAAAUUGAUUAAACUUUAUAAGAAAGCUGGGUUUUCUGUCGUGGUGGUAGGUGAUUUGAAUUCAAGACCUGGGUCCUUACCUCAUAAAUUUUUAACAUUGGAGACUGGAUUGGUUGAUUCUUGGGAACAAUUACAUGGGAAGCAAGAUCUUGAAAAGAUAUCUUCCAUGGACCCAUUGCAACAAUUGGAAUAUGGUUGUACUACAUGUGAUUCAUUUUUGAAUACUUGGAGAAGUUAUUUAGGUACAAAAAAGGCUCAACGAUUAGAUUAUGCCUUAAUAGAUUCAGACGGAUUGCAAACAAUAGCUGCAGGAGCCAGAUUUACAGAAAGGAUUCCCAAUAUUGGCAGUUUUUCGGAUCAUUUUGCAUAUUCAUGCACUCUGAAAUUGUUACCAAGGAAACCAAUCGAGACGGAUCUCAACCAUAGAGGGCAUCAAUUUGCUACUUCUUCGCAAGACGAAUUGGUUGAUAGAUAUACAACAUAUCAAGAAGGGCUUGAUUGUUUGCAUGAAUAUAUGAAAAAGGCUCAGCGCCAACAAUAUCUUUGGGGCAUAUAUUUUUGGUUUGCACUCAUCUUGUUAUUUGGAUACUUGUUGUUUGGAGCGAGAUUAAGUUCUAAUGUAACUUUUUUGUCAUCUAUAUUCUGGGGUUUAUUUAUCAUUGUAAUCGCCAUCACAGGUACUAUUGCAGGAGGAAUUUCCUUUUUAUUUGGAAGAGGAGAAAUUAGAAGCUUACUGGAAGUAGAACAAGAAUUAUUAGAUGCAGAACGUCACAUGGAGAAGUAUUUGGGGAUUGAUAGAAGAUAG